AUGCUGCCCACCCCUUUCUCCGUCGAGGAUAUCCUCAGCCUGGAGCAGAGCAGCGCUCCCGGAGCCCCCGGGGUCCGCCGCAGCCCCUCCGGGGAGGAGGAACCGCAGUCGGGACAACAUCUGCUCUCCCAACCCUUGCAGACAGACCAGCAGCAAACUGAGCCCUGCCACCACCCCAAGCAACCGCAGCGGCGCAAACCCCGUGUUUUGUUCUCCCAAACUCAGGUGUCGGAAUUGGAGCGACGAUUCAAGCAGCAGAAAUACCUCUCUGCUCUGGAAAGGGAACACCUGGCCAACGUGCUCCAGCUCACAUCCACCCAGGUGAAAAUCUGGUUCCAGAACCGGCGUUACAAAUGCAAGAGGCAGAGGCAGGAUAGAUCCCUGGAGAUGGCCACCUACCCACUGCCAGCACGUAGGGUGGCUGUUCCGGUGCUGGUCAGAGAUGGCAAUCCUUGUUUUGGGGGAUCCCAACCCCACCUGGCUCCUUAUGGGGUCACCGUCAGCCCCUACUCCUAUAGCACCUACUAUGGUGCCUAUGGGGUGAGCUAUGGGGUGGGCUACGCUGGGGUGCUCACACCGUGA